UCGGGCGAAAAGCGCGCGCGCACCAAACUCCCGAAGCGAAGGACUCCGCGCCGGGCGACAGAAAAGAAACUAAGUGGCGGGUCGCGCGCGCCUCUGCUCUGUCACACUGCGCAGCCGAGUGUGUGUUUCGCACCGAGGAGAAGAAAGAGGAGCAGAUCAUUCCGUGAGGGGAUCGAUGUUGACCUCAGCACACCUGCACAAGGCUCUGGACCUUUGGCUCGUUGCCGGUGAAGGGGAUUGCGGGUAGCGCUCGUUCCCGGCUAACGUCGGACCCAGUUGGACGGCGGCCUGUUGUUGACGCUGCUGGUGCACCGACGUCGGCAACCGGGCUGUGCACUUCGGCCCCCCGGCCCCGCUGGGAUGGCUUUUCCCCACCCGUGAAUGAUGCUUCUGGGGCCCGGAGAAAGCGCGUGUUUCGCCAUCAUGAAGCGCAAGCUCCGCCCAGUAGUGUUUUCCGUUGGUCCACACCCCUAACCACGCCCAUCGAACCCCGCCCGCUCUACCGCCUCUGUCGCCCGCGCCGAGUGCCGUGGCUCUUCGAGGGAGAGGAUGCUAUGCACGAGGAAGAAGAAGGCAGUGAAGGACAAGGACUUUUUGGCCAUCGCCGUGCCGUCCAUGAGGGGACACGGCUACAUGGACUACACGGUGGACAGCCACCCGGCGCACUCGAUGCAGAUCAUGGAUGAGCUGCGUCACCACGGCCUGCUCUGCGACCUCGUUCUCCACGUCUCCUACAAGGACACCUGCGUGGAUUUCAAGGUGCACAAGGUGGUCUUGGCCGCCUGCAGCCCCUACUUCAAAGCCAUGUUCACCAGCGACUUCCAGGAGUCGCAGGCGUCGGAGGUGACGCUGCUGGACGUGUGUCCCCAGGUGUUGUCCCGCCUCAUCGACUUCGCGUACACGGCACGCGUCACCAUCGGCAAGAGCUGCGUGCUGCACCUGCUUCUGGCUGCCAUGCGCUUCCAGAUGGAGGACGUGGCGCGGGCCUGCUGCGACUUCCUCGCCAAGAACCUGGAGCCGUCCAACGUGAUCGGCAUCGCCCGCUUCGCCGAGGAGAUCGGCUGCACCGAGCUGCACGUCUGCUGCCGCCGGUACAUCAACACGCACUUCAGCGAGGUGACCAAGGAGGAGGAGUUCUUCAGCCUGUCGCACUGCCAGCUGCUGGAGCUCAUCAGCCAGGACAGCCUGAAGGUGCUGUGCGAGUCUGAGGUGUACAAGGCGUGCAUCGAGUGGGUGCGCUGGGACGUGGAGGCUCGCGCCCAGUACUUCCACGCGCUGCUCGACGCCGUGCGAAUCUACGCCCUGCCCCCCCGCUUCCUCAAGCUCCAGCUGCAGUCGUGCCCCGUGCUCAGCAAGGCCGACUCCUGCCGCGACUUCCUGUGGCGCAUCUUCCAGGAGAUGGCGCUGCAGAAGCCGCGCCCCCCGCCGGCGCUCCGCGGCACGCAGCUCAUCUACGUGAUCGGCGGCUACCGGCAACGGUCGCUCGUCUCCGUGGAGGCCUUGGACCCGCGCCAAAAGGCCUGGCUGCAGCUGGCCGACAUGCCGGCCCCGGGCAGCGGGCUGGGCGCCUGCACGCUCUUCGGCCUGCUCUACGCCGUGGGCGGCCGCAACCUGUCGCUGCGGGACAGCUCCGAGUCCGGCUCGCUGAGCUGCUACAACCCCAUGAGCAACCAGUGGACCGAGCUGGCGCCCAUGCAUGUGCCGCGGAACCGCGUCGGCGUGGCGGUCGUCGACGGGAGCAUCUACGCCGUGGGCGGGUCGCACGGCUCCGUGCACCACAACACGGUGGAGAAGUACGACCCCGAAACGGACAGGUGGAUGUCGGUGUGCCCCAUGUCGGCGGCGCGGCUGGGGGCGGGCGUGGCGUCCUGCGGCGACAUGCUGUACGUGGUGGGCGGCUUCGACGGGGAGAACCGCUGGAGGACGGCGGAGCGCUACCACCCCGACACCAACGCCUGGCAGCACAUCGCACCCGUGAGCUCCGCCCGCAGCGGCUUGGGACUGGUGUGUCUGGACGGAUACCUGUACGCUGUGGGCGGGUACGACGGCGCCAGCCAGCUGCACACCGUGGAGCGCUACAGCGUGAUGCAGGACAUGUGGGAACCCGUGGCCCCCAUGAGGCACUGCCGCAGCGCUCAUGGCGUCGCCGUCCACCAGGGGCGCAUCUACGUGCUGGGUGGGUUCAACCAGGAAGGUUUCCUGUCCAGCGUGGAGUGCUACUGUCCGGUCCGGAACGAGUGGAUGUACGUGACGGACAUGCCCCUCGGCCGAAGCGGGAUGGGCGUCGCCGUUACCAUGGAGCCCUGCCCCGGCCACAUACCCGAGGAGGAGGAUGAGGAGUGAUGGCGAGGGAAGAGCUCUUCUCCUAGGCUGAGGAACAGAACUUGGAUCCCAGGAGGAUGUUGCUCCCUCACCGACUGGACACCGAACGAUGCCUUUUCAGCCACGUUUUGGGACAUUUUUAAUAUCAAUUUAUUUAUAUGUAGCCCAACUUGUCAAGCACCACUUGUAAGAUAUUCUACGAUGACCAUGUUAGUUUGCACAAGGAUGCCUGUCUCAGGGACCCAAAUGAAGGCGCGUUGCGACUGGGAGACAUGUGUCCGCUGUCCCGGCGUCCCGGUCCAUUCGGGGACGGGACCAUGUGCGAAGAAGGCCCCUCGUGGGACGAGCGACGGACACCCUGGACAUCUCACGAGGACCUGAGAGAGAACCAUCCUAGCCUUGACCUUAA